AUGGCCCAAGGCUCAAACCCAACCGCGGCGAGCUUGUUAGGCUCAACCUCAACCAAUUUUCCUCAAUCUCAUGAGAAAAUAUCCGAACCGAAGGACACGCCAUACUUUAUCGACAAUGAAUUCCGGCAGUCUCAGUCAAAGAAUUUUAUCCUGGUCCAUGAUCCUGCGACAAAUAACCUGGUCACUAGAGUACCGAUGAUGACCAGCGACGAAUUACAGCUCGCAAUUGAAUCAGCGCAGAAUGCCUUCAGCUGCUGGAGCAAAACCUCGAUAAUUGCCCGACAACAGAUCAUGUUUCGUUAUGUCAGUUUGAUUAAAGAGAACUGGGAUAGACUCGCUUCUUCCAUUACCUUGGAGCAAGGCAAAACAUUUGCAGAUGCGCGAGGCGAUGUGCUGCGCGGGCUGCAGGUUGCAGAGGCCGCAUGCGCCGGCCCAGAAUAUAUGAAGGGAGAAAUUUUGGAGGUCGCCAAGGACAUGGAGACCCGGACUUAUAGGGAGCCUCUUGGUGUUGUCGCCGCAAUCUGCCCGUUUAAUUUCCCGGCAAUGAUACCUCUUUGGUGCAUACCGAUUGCUACCAUUACUGGAAAUACAAUGGUAUUAAAGCCUUCUGAGAGAGAUCCCGGCGCUGCGAUGAUUCUUGCCGAGUUAGCCGAAAAGGCUGGGUUUCCAAAGGGCGUCAUCAACGUUGUACAUGGCGCACAUGAUACCGUUAACUUUCUCAUUGAUUCUCCUGUCAUUAAAGCCAUUAGCUUCGUUGGAAGCAACAAAGCUGGAGAGUAUAUCUUCACACGUGGCUCGGCAAAUGGGAAGAGGGUCCAGGCAAACUUGGGCGCAAAGAAUCAUGCAUUGAUCAUGCCUGACAGUGACAAAGAAGCGGCCCUGGAUGCCAUUGUCAGUGCUGCUUUUGGAGCCGCAGGACAGCGUUGUAUGGCUCUAUCUGUAGCAGUAUUUGUUGGGGAAACCCAACAAUGGCUUGACGAACUUGUUCAGAAAGCUAAAACUCUGCGAGUUGAUGCGGGCUUUGAGCAUGGUGCUGAUCUUGGUCCUGUUGUUACACCUGAGAGUAAAGCGAGGAUUGAAUCACUAAUUGCGAGUGCGCAAGUGGAAGGUGCUCAUAUCCUUCUUGACGGUCGUGGUUAUAAGCCAGAGAAGUAUCCGAAUGGCAACUGGGUUGCUCCAACGAUAAUCACCAACGUCAAGCAAUCGAUGCAAUGCUAUAAAGAGGAGAUAUUCGGUCCGGUACUAGUGUGUGUUAAUGUUGACACUCUUGAGGCGGGUAUCGAUCUCAUUAACGCAAAUGACUACGGAAAUGGUGCUGCUAUCUUCACAUCCUCAGGCGCAGUUGCAGAGAAAUUCCGACGGAACAUUGAGGCAGGCCAGUUGGGCAUAAACGUGCCAAUCCCGGUGCCUCUUCCAAUGUUCUCAUUUACAGGAAAUAAAAAGAGCGUGGCUGGAGGGGGGGCCAGCACUUUUUAUGGGAAACCGGGAGUGAACUUUUACACUCAGCUCAAAACUGUCACAUCCAAGUGGUCGAGUGCAAGUAUUGUACCGACCAAGGCGGUUCUAUCGAUGCCAACUGGAUCAUAG